AUGUGGCGCUCCGAUCCCAACAACGAGAGCAACCAGGCAAACUGGAACCUUCCUUGGCCCCCAUUCGUCGGCCGACUCUCCACCGUACCCGAGGGGAUGAGUAAAAGCCCUGACGCUGACGAAAGUGAGCACUUCUCUACGACAUCCAGCUUCGAGCCCAACGCAUGGGGCAGCGGCACCCAGAAGAGCGGCCGCCGCAGGAAGCGCCGGCGCAACGCGGACGGAAGCUACUUUUACGAAACAGACACGGACGGGGAGAGCGGACUGUUUGUCACUGACGACGACGACACCGAUGACGACAACGAUGAUGUUGACGCUGCGAACCCUAAUAACAGGAGAAAGAGACGACGCAAAGGUGACCCCAACUAUCGCCCGCGGAGAGGCGACGAGUCCGACUCCGACAACGAGCCGGAGCGGCUGCGCAAGGUGCGGGAGGAGAUGGAGCAGGAGAUUCUGGGCAUACAAGACGAUGUGCAGCAAGGCGCACCAACGAUAAAGGAAGGGCCCGACUCCUUCAUUGUUACCGAUGACGUUGAUGUUCAAGAGUCGUAG